AGUUGAGAUCCUUACUGCACGGGGUGAUAGGACCGCCAAUCACAGCACCACCACUACGAAACUUGAAACCUCCUUCUACGUUCUGCUGGUCCGCCGUCUCUUUCCCCCGUCCACCCACCACACUUGCCUCCCUCCCCGCAAUUGCCGGCAGCCCCCCGCAUUUCACGACGAACUUUGCCUCUUUCGCUCCGCGCUUCAUUUUCUUUGUUCGUGCUUACAGAAUCCGGUGGGCUUCGCGUCGGAACAGGUCGAAUGCAUAGGUGUUCCAGCAUCAAAUACAAGUCCCCCACCCCCUUUGGCAGGAAAAAUGAAGUUCCCCAUCUUGGUGAUCAUUUACGUUUUUGUACAGACCUCUUCAUGUACCGAGUCUGAUGUUCCUGCUGAGGAACUUAUUCAUACUAACCCCAUGGUAAGCACCUCAGCUUAUCCUGCAUUGAAUACUGAUCCUGGCACAGAAGAAGUACUUUCAAAUAAUUCUCCUACUGUCCCUUCAUUGAUGGAAGAAGCUCUUGAUUCUAGACAAAAUAGCUAUGAUACUACUACAAGCUCGAAUUUACAUUCCCCAUCUACUGCCAGGAUAACUUGGAAUCCUGUAAACAGUGUAGUUCUUUCAACAGAUACACUGACAAGAAGUCCAGAUCAUGAAAAUUCUUUUUCAUCCGAUACUCUACAAAAUAUUACACAACAUUCUGCAACAAAUGUACUUAACUACCAAACUCCUCCUUCCAUUUUUGAAAAUUUAGAUCAUGAAGAAAAUGAGCUGGACUCAGAUACCAGGGUGACAGAUAUACCUAAGGGCCUGAAGACAACAGGAAUUACUGAUUUACCAUCACUGUACUCUCCUACAUUAGAGACAGUUGGUAGUGAAAGUUCAGCAGAUGAUCAGCAUAUUUCAUUUGGAAAUGAAGAUCAUUUGUUAUCUGAAAGUAAAAAUGAAUCCAUUUCUAGAAUAACAACUAAGCUUCAUACAUCAUUUGAAGACAAUGUGACUGGAAUAUCAUUGCUACCAGUGUCAGAUCAUAUUGCAAUUCAAGAUUCUGCUACAACAACAGAUUUUUCAAAUCAAGAAUUAUCGGCUGAAAAUAAAGAAACAUCCACUCUUCUAACAAGGAGUGAAACAAUUAUGUCUGAUUCAAAUCUAUUUGGUUCUAAUAAAACUACUUCUGAAAAUCUGUUCAGAGACAAUAUAAGAGAAGAUGAAAACAUAGAAAAUGCAACAUUCACCACUGACAGUAUCAAAUUCUCACAAGAUGAGAAUUUGAUAUCUACAAUGACUUCAAAUAUUGAACGAGAUGCUGAAAAUAGGGAGCAGGAAUUUAGUUUCCAUAAUUCUAGUUUAGAUCCCAAUUUUACUUAUGCAGAAACAUCAAAAGAUAGUGAACUUGUGAAGACACAGUCAUUUUCUGAAAAAAAUAUUGGGUUAGAAAUGACAUCACAAUUGGAUCUUGUGACAACUCCAACAUCAUCAUUUUUUGAUCUGUCAGAAAAAAUUGCUGAGUCAGCAACAACAGUAGUAUUAAAGAACAUGAAUAUAGAUAAUCUGACACCAGCUACUGCUUCAGAAACUUUAUCCCCAGAUAUUUCACCAAAUACAGGAACAUCAUCAUCUACAAUUUCUGCAUUGCCUGAUGAAUCACUUUUACAGAAUUCUAGUGACUUUUCACAAAAGUUUAGGAGUAUAAAUACUGAAGUUUCUACUUCUGAAUCCAGCUAUAGUACUUCAAUUAAGUCAUCAGAUCUGGAAAUUUUAAGUAUUUCUACACUUACAGAUCACAAUAAACUCUCUACUACCACUGAUAAUUCUAUUAUCACUAUGCCUUUAGAAAUAAAUGUCAACAGCAUUUCUCAUUUAAACAAUGCAACUGUUAUAACUGAAAGUGAGAUAUCUAAGGAAACUACAUUGGUAAAUCCUACAGUUUCUGAAAGUACUGCUAUUUCUUCCGGACAUUCAAUACCUGGUCUUUCAGAUAUUGCCAUUUCUACUUAUUCAUAUGUUAACACUUUUGAAGAUGCUAGUAAAUUGUUGACAACCAUUGAUCCAAAUACAAUGACUGAACACUAUCAUCCAUCAACUAAAAAGUUAUCUACUACCAUUUCAAAUGAUGUUGAAGAAUCAAACACUGUUUCUUACGUACCAUCACACAAGCAUAUGGAUAGAGAAAGUUCAACUGAUUCUUUUAUAGAACAAAGCACUGCACCUCAAAUUAUUCCUCAUGAUUGGCCUCCAACAGCCAGAACUCAAUUACCAACAACUAUUGCCAGUGAUAUUGAAGAGGCAAAAUCCAGCACAAUUGCCUUUAUACCAUCACAUAAGGACAGAAAUAGAGAAACUGCACCAGAUGUUUUCACAGAACAGAGCACAGUACCUCAGACUGUUUCUCAUCUUCCACUUUCUACAACUACCUUAGAAAAAUCAUUUAAUUCUGAAACAUACAAUGUGUUCUCAUCCUUCAAGCCUGUCUAUAACUUUAAUACAGAAGAAACUUCAACAUCAAAAUUUGAAAGCUACACAAUUAUUGAUGAAACAGCUACUUCAUUACUAGAUACUUAUUCAAGCUCCAUUGCUGCUGCCACAACAGAUACCCCAGGUUUGUCUUCAGAAACAUACCGAGAAGGCAAACAUAUACCUUUCAGUACAGCAUCUACUAAAAAAGUAACAGAUUUAUCUUCUAAACAUGGCUUUCUUUUAGUUACAACUGAAAAGUCAUCAACAUUGAAAGUACCAUUAAAUGGUACAGAGGUACACUAUAUGCAAAUCCAGAUUGAAGAUAUAAAUCAGAUCGACAGAAGUAAUAUGAUAACUGCCAUUAUUCAAUUUCCUGUGGAUUCUACUUAUAAAACUGAUAUGAAAGUGAAGUUAGUGAAAACUCAUCAAUGGUUGGAAAAAGUUUUGACUAAAGAGUUCCAGAAUUGGACCAGAGAUCCUUUUGAAGAAGCUGAAGAAGAACAGAACGAAAUUCCUUUUGGAAGUAUAUCAAUAUUUUAUGUGAAACCAACUCCAGAAACAAAUCAGUCUACUAUAACAUUGACUUUUAUUGUCUACAAUUCAUGGAGAAACAGAACUCUCCCUGUACACUUUGUUCUUGGGACUUUGAACUUCUACAGCAAAGAAUUAAAAGAAUCGAUAAAUUCAAGUGCUGUAUAUUUCUAUCAUGGCUUGUCCCCCGAAAACUAUGACUUGCUCACUGCAGUUUUUGAUAAAUAUGGUAUAAUUAUCUUUACCAUUUGCAUAGCAGUUAUAGGAAUUACCAUCUUGGUGUGUGUAGUGGUGUUCUAUAGGAAAAAGACAAGGCAGUCUAUUCAUUAUUUAGCAGAUAGUAAGCUUCAGCAAAACUUACAAGAAGCAGUAGGCAUUGAUCUGACACCUGCUUCAAUUAUUCUUCAAGACGAAAAGGAAGAAAAAGGGAGCAAGAUCUGUGAUGAUGAAGGUUGGCUUGUACCCAUUACUGAUGUUCCAGUGGCAGAAGAUAAUAAUGUGCCAAAUGUUCAGGACACUAAGCUGUAGAUAGUACUGUUGCAUCUUUUCUGAUGCCAUUCAUCACUUAUAUGCCAAAGCCUGUGCCUUAUGUCAAAUACAAUGCAUUGUACAAA